AUGCCCCGUGCACGGCCACUACCGACUCCCAUCCCUCGGCCAGCCGGUCGAGUGACAAGCUUUAUUCCAAAUGACACCAAAGGCCUUGCAUAUCACAUGGAGCUCUCCUCGACCCCAGAGCAAACGCAGGUCUACUGUGCGCUUGUUGAGGACAUUGCGAGGCUUUACGACGAUUACAUAAUAUCUCGGGGGAACUCCGCGUUCUCUGGCCCAGAGCGGGAGGAGUUCAAAAAGCUGGCCGUCGACAGAAUCCCGAUGAUGCGCAACUUCGAAGGAGCAUGGCCCGUUAUGCUGAUUGCUUCGGAGCACAGGUACAAGGUGUCUCGUCCCGACGGCAAACGGUCUGGUUUCAGAGGCUUCUUCACCAGACACGCACCACACCUUGACACACAACCUGCGCACGUCGUGCGGACCGCACGGCAGCAUGGGAUCCAGCAACGUGGUACAUCCGACUCUUCGGUGGCCAGCCGCCGUGGUGCGGGCAAGAGAACACGCGGACCAAAUUGCCGCACUCUGGCUCGCUCGAUCUUGCAAGAACUGGGGCCUUCUCUGUCCCCGCCAACGCCUGCGCACGAUCCCUCGUGUGAGUCGGAGCCUCCGCCGUCCGCGGAGCUUCCACGAGUAGCGAUGAGCACAGCAGUGCCAGCACCCCGGACAGUAGCGGCAUCCCCAAAGGGAGCGAGACUCCCGGCAGUCGCGACGUUCCUCAUGUCGCUCACCCCAGAGCAGACUGGCCUCGGCCCCCUCUUCCAUCAGCUGGGCAUCGACGACCUGGGCGAGCUUCUGCAAAUGAAGGAGCGCUACGUGUGGCUAUAUUCACUGGUGAAAGAAGACCGCCUCACGGAGUUCCAGUUCGCUCUCAUCAAGAACGGUCUGAAGAAGUUGGAGACAGCGCCUUGGUUGAGACCGUCGUCCAAUAGCACAGGCGCGGCGGAUAGCAGCUGUGCAUAG